UUCUACAUCGAUUGGGAAAGCUGAAUUUCUUCUAUAUACAAUAUCAGAAGAACAGUUCCAAGUCUCGAGAGCAAUUGAAUCAUCGGAACCGAAACCUAGCUUUGAUUAGAUGGCAUCCUUGGACACCGAUGUGACUAUGGUUCCGGCCGGCGAGGGCGAGGGCGGCGCCGGAGCGACGUCUUCCGUGGCGUCGACUUCCUCUUCGGCCAAGAAAGGGAAGAAAUUCGAGAUCAAAAAGUGGAACGCCGUUGCUCUUUGGGCCUGGGAUAUUGUGGUGGAUAAUUGUGCAAUUUGUAGGAACCACAUUAUGGAUCUCUGUAUUGAGUGUCAAGCUAAUCAAGCUAGUGCAACAAGUGAGGAAUGCACGGUUGCUUGGGGAGUUUGCAACCAUGCAUUUCAUUUCCACUGCAUCAGCCGAUGGCUCAAAACUCGUCAAGUGUGCCCCUUGGACAAUAGCGAGUGGGAGUUCCAGAAGUAUGGUCACUAACCGCAUCCUUUGUGAAUGAAGCUACUUCCAAUCUUCUGCUCUGUUCAAAAAACUAUAUUCGGAGCAUGAUGGGAGCAUUUAAUGCUGAAAUGAUUUAAACUCAUGCAUUGCGGAUUUGGUUUGCUUAGUUUGUGAUAUGUAAUAUGUAUGCCAUUGAGAUUCGUUAGUUAUAUUUUGCUGCAAAAUCUAAGUGAUCACUUAUCUGAUGUCAAUACUUGUGAACC